AUGCCCAGCCUCGCCCCUAUUACCCAAGCUCUUCCGGAACCCGUCUCUCCAGGCUAUGAGUGGGUGCCAUCUCAGACCAUGGAGCAAGAAGAGCAAAGUCCAGCCGAACCGAGCCUUUCGGAGGUCACCCUCGUCGAGGUGACGCUCCUCGGCGACCUCGUGCGCAUCCUCAGCGAGACGACGGCGCACCAGCGCGCACUCGCUGAACAAGAAAGGCUCGCGAACGCGCAUCGCGCGGCCCUCAUAAAGGUGCAGAGGGAAGCUGCAAAGCAUCACGCGGCGCUGGCGGAGCAGCAGAGGAUAGCGAAUGCGGUUGCGAUCCGAAGCGAGCUGCGCAUGUAUAACAGCUCGGCAUCGCAUUGGCAGGCCCUGCCUCUGCUGGACGGGGAGCCCUUGCCCGCCGACGUGGAUUUUCCAAGAGACUUCUGGCACCUCAAGAGGAUGGAGGGUGGGGCAUAA